AUGAACCGUACCGCCUUCAACCGCUUCUUGGCUCUCAGCCGUUUCGCCCAAAAGCGUCACGGACAUGGACACCACGUCGCCAACCCAGGGCCACCAUGCAACUUCGACAUGAUGCCAGUGCCAUUCCAAUCUUACAAGAAGGUCUACGGAGAGCUCCAGGGCAAGUUCAACACCUACUUGGCCGUCUCUGCCGUCUUCUUCGCUUCAUCGUUCGCCACCGCCAUCUACACCAACCUCUUCGCGUUCGAGGAAGCCAUCAGACCACCACAGAGCUACCGCAACCGUCAAUAA